AUGGUGGGGCAGAAAAGAGGUAUUGUGGGAGAUGAAGAAAUGACUGCAAUUUCUUACAGAAGAGUUAAAAUGCGUGAUCUUGAAUCCUUUCUUCCUUCUGAAACGCGAGGAAGAUGGGAAAGUGAUGCAGCGCAUCCAGUGGUCCACUUUGCUCCAUGUGAACUUGAUCUCAAUACUAAUGUCAGUUGUGUCAGCAAUGCCGUUCAUGAUGAUCCUCAAGGAUGUAUAGAGGAAAGCAAGAAACAGCCCACAUCCGGGAAUGAACAAAUGGAAUGUAAUGAUGAUUUUUCGAAGUCAGGAGGGUUUAAGUUAGAUCUAAAUGCUGAAAACAUUUCCAGUUCAAUCAACCACGACCCUUUCUAUCCUUACAAAACCUACGAGCAUUCAAAAUCAAGGGACAGUUCUGAGUGUGGGAGUUCUGUAGGUCCAUUAGAGGGAAAAGAUCCGAUGGGAGUUUGGAAUAAGAUGAAACAAAAAGGUUACCUAUCCACUUCCCAUGGAGCACCAGCACUAGCAAUGCCAAAGCCACGUGUGAGGAAGACUAAAAAUGACAUGAUGAAGAAAAAGAUAGAGCUUGCCAAGAAAGAGCAGGUAGAUAGGUUUGCAAAGGUCGCCGCUCCAAGUGGAUUGCUUAAUGGGCUAAAUCCUGGAAUCAUAAACCAUGUGAGAAACAGUAGACAGGUUCACUCUAUUAUAGAAGCCCUAGUGAGGUCUGAAAGAUCUGAAAAUCGACAUUCUGAAAGCAAGCUAGAUAAGCUAACUAAGUGUAGCGCGAAAGAAUUUAGUGACAAAGAGGACCCGGAAAAAACGAACUGUUUGGGAGUUAACAAAUUACCUUGCCUAAUGUCAAGAGAAUUCCCGUCUAACCAAGAGAAUGAUCUGUAUACAAUAGGUUUUAACUUUUUCCGUCCUGACAAAGCGACGGCCAAUGCUCACUUUGUCAGAUGGAGAACAAUGUUUCGGCAUAUGGAUAAAGCACUAUCUGAAGAAGAAAGUCAACUGGUGAGUUUCUAG